AUGGAUGGACUGAAUACAACACCUAUACGAUUUCCGUCAACAUCAGAAACAUCACCAUUCAAUAAAUUUCCACCAUCUUAUGAAACUCUUAAGCAGACUCCGGCGUUUACUGCUGGAUUCACAAUAUUCACAUUAAUUUUAUGUAUUUUGAAAAAUACAUAUAAUGUGAAUAUGGAUUCACUAAUCUUAUAUCCUAGAUCACCUUUGGACUUCAAUUUGAACGCAAUAUCAUUUUAUUCCCUAAUCCACGUUAGUUAUUUACAUUGGUUGCUUAAUAUCAUGGCACUUUUUACACCGUUAGCAAUGUUUGAAAAAAGACAUGGUACAAUAUACACAGGUAUAACAUUGAAUUUAUUAACUGUUAUUGCAGCCUUACAAUACUGUAUUGUGGGACUUUGGCUUUAUCCAGAAACCGGAGUUUUAGGAUUAUCAGGAAUUGUAUUCUCAUUCAUGAGUUUCAUGGCAUAUCAUGAGUAUCAAUAUAAACCUAUAUUAACAACAAUUCAACUAGGUGGAUACGACAUUAAAAUAUAUACAUUAUCAAUCCCAUUUCUUGCAGCUUUAAUAUUUUUCAUCAUUUUUCCAUCAAGCUCAUUACCUGGUCAUAUAUUUGGAAUAACAACAGGUUACUUAUUAGCUUAUGGUUUAAUAAGCAAGUUAUAUCCUCCUUCUCAUAUUUUGUCAAAAAUUGAGAAAACUUUGGAAAAAGGAAUUUCUAAGUUGGAGCCAUUAGUUACAUACUUCAAGGAAGAUGAUGCAGUGACUAUUAGAGGUGUUACAUAUAUUCCAUUGUUGAGCGAAGAAGAUAUCGAAGUGGGCAGUGGUCGUACUAGAGGUACAAGUACAAGUAUAGCUGGAGGAUUACAACCACCUCAAGCUACACGAUCAGCAUCAUAUGUGAGAGAGUCAAGGGUACUAGGAGAGGCUUAA